UUUAUGUGUAAUAAAAUUGUUGAAUAUAUUCAAGAACUUAUUAAAAAUUAUAUUGAAACUUGACAACAUUGCACAUUCGGCAAGUUCAACUUAACGAAGAAAUGAAAGUCAAUGAUAACCGCAGUGAACACAUACAUUCCUAAAGUUGAGUUUGCUGGAAAAAUUGCGACUAUUUGGAGUUAUUGUUAAGGUUUUUACUUAAAAUUAAUUAUAAUAAUUUAAAAAAUGGCAAAUUACUCAGAAGAUCAAUUGGCUGAAUUCCAAGAAGCCUUCAAUUUGUUCGACAACAGAGGAGAUGGCAAAAUUCAAUUGAGCCAGGUUGGUGAAUGUUUACGUGCCUUGGGCCAGAAUCCCACUGAGUCAGAUGUUAAGAAAUGCACUCAUCAGUUGAAGCCUGAUGAACGUAUCUCAUUCGAGGUGUUUCUUCCCAUUUACCAAGCUAUUUCAAAGGCGCGCUCUGGCGAUACUGCUGAUGAUUUCAUCGAAGGUCUCCGCCAUUUCGAUAAGGAUGCAAGUGGUUUAAUUUCAACCGCUGAGCUGAGACAUUUGCUAACUACUUUGGGUGAGAAAUUAACGGAUGAAGAAGUGGAGCAAUUGUUGGUUAAUCAAGAAGAUUCACAAGGAAAUGUCAACUAUGAAGAGUUUGUACGCAUGGUUAUGAACGGUUAAGAAAUUCUACAUACUAGACAUUUGCGUUCAUAUUAAGAAUUGCAAAAAUUCCAAAUUAAAAAGUUUUCAAUAUUAUUUAUAAUAAAAAUUAAAGUAUUUCCAUUAUCCACUAUUAAUAUUUUUUAU